UGUGCAAAGAAACAGGCAUAGGCUAUAUAUAUAGAGGUUCGAUUGGGUGGUGAACAGCAUGUUUUGCGGCCCAUUUUGGGCAACUCGUGCCACCUAGGCUGUGCACUCCCGAGGCUCAAACAGGCUUUGAUUAGAAAUCAGAUCAGGCUGGCCGCGAAAAGCCAGCCGUCGCUUCCGGAUGGCGAGCAAGAACCACUCGGAGGAGCCAAGCCUUUGGAAUGAGGAAGAUGACAGUGCGAGGGUGGGUCGAUUCUUUGCACAGAUGAAACUCAAAUGGGACUCUUUUCUGUCAGACAAGCUCGGCAAAAAGGACCAACUUUCACAGGAAAGCCAAAAAAUGAAGGAACUCGCUGCUAUCAUGCGGACGUUUGACAACGGUGUCGUUGAGGAGGAUGAGGACCAAGACAAAAUUUGGGUGGACAGUGCUGCUUUUGACAUUGUCAUCAGCUGCGUGAUCGUACUGAAUGCCUUCAUCAUCGGUCUUGAGACGGACGUCAGGCGUGCCUCCCGACAACGAGAUGCAGGUUGGAUAGUAGCAGAAGUGUUCUUCUUGUUGUGCUUUUUGGGUGAAGUGGGCUUGAAGAUGUACUACCACACGUGGCGGUGGGCUUUCAACAGCUUCUCCAACAUGCUCACCAUCUUUAUUUGCUUCAUGGCCUUCAUUGAUUGCACCAUCUUGAACCCAAUUGGUGUCUCCGGAGUGCUCCGUAUGUUCUCCAUGUUUCGAAUUGUGGGAAUUUCUCGACUGUACAAGCUCAUCAAGAAGUACCGUCGUUUGGACGAACUGCGCUUACUCUUGCAGAGCUUGAAGGACUCCAUGCAAACACUUUUCUGGACGGUGGUCCUGCUGGUGGUGGUCCUUUACAUCGCAGCAGUGAUUCUGACCCAGCAGAUCGGACACAAUGUGGAAGUCUACGGGAACUACCGCAAGUUGAGCGGAGGUUGGGAUCACGAGGAGCUCUUCGGAACCGUGGGCCGGAGCAUGUUCACCUUGAUGCAAGUCAUGACCCUGGACAGUUGGCUGAGCAAGGUUGUUCGACAUGUGGCAGUCAAUCAAUGGUACAUGAUUGCCUUCUUUUGCGUAUUCCUUCUCAUUACCACAUUUGGAAUCAUGAACAUCUUGGUGAGCGUCAUCGUGGAGCAAACUUUGGCGGCCUCACUCCAGAACAAGCAACGGCUGAGGGUACGUGAAGAGAAGGCACAGCGUGCAGAAUUGGACAGUAUCAAGGAGAUCUUCUUGAUCUCGGACACCGAUGGCAGCAACAGUCUUGACAAGGAAGAGUUCCUCGCAGCGGUGAAGAAUCCGGAGGUGCAAUGGCGCAUGAAGAUGCUGGAGCUUCCAGUGGCCGAAACCGUGAAACUCUUCGGUGUGCUGGAUGGCGAUGGCUCGCAAACCCUGAGCUACACCGACUUUAUCCAGGGAUGUGCGAAGUUGAAAGGUCAUGCCAUGAGCAAGGACAUGUUGGCCGUUAUGGCGCAGGCUGAUGCACUUGCAACAAAGAUGGACUUGAUGGAUGAUUCCCUUGCCGAGAGCGAGCGCAUGGUGGCCGGCCUCGACGAGAUCUCCUUGCGCAUCGCCCGGCGCUUCGAUUCGGCCAUUCUGGGCUCUCGGCGGCGCAUGGCACAUGCGGCGGGUGGGUCAAAGCCGAUCAUUCCACCCAAGCGAGAUGGUCCAUCUGGUGACAAUGUCCCACUCUCAGUGGGCAACCGGCCGAAUUUGCCACCCUUCCCUGAUCUCCUGCGAUGAAGAGGGGGAAGAGAAAGAUUGAACUCCGAAAAAGGCACUGUCAGAUUCUGUCUCACCUCUCACUGGCCCAAGUGCACUCCUUUCUUUGCACAGAAUGAAGGAAUUGGGCCAUUUUUUUGCUUCCCCAGAGGGGAGGCAGCCUGACUUCCUGAUCACCUUGGCGCAAUGCAAGAA